CCAUGAGUCACCGCUUUUAUUUACUGCUUUACUAGAUGGCAAAAUACAUUGCGGGACAAUUUACAUUCUACAAAGUAACAAUCUCACAAAGAAUUAUUAUUGACUCAAUUGGAAGAAUUCUUUCACGCUCUUUCUUUACUUUCUUCUAGAUACAAUCGGCUUUUAUCCCCCCCAUAUUCAUUCUUUUUACUUUCAAUCUACUCUCAAACAAAAUGGUGGUGGGGGACAUCUCGCCUUCUUUGGCGGAAGUAUCGAAUGUGCUUUCCAAAACUCGAGGAAAGUCAUAUGCUCCCAAUCUAGUUGCUAUCUAUAAAGAAAUUUCUUCCGAUCUCAUUACUCCCUCCGCCGCAUACCUCAAGAUUUCGGCGCAUUCGAAGUCCGAUCACUCUUUCUUAUUCGAGAGUGCUGCAACAGAGAAGGUUGGCAGAUAUAGUUUUAUAGGAGCUGGACCUCGAAAGAUUCUCAAAACUGGUGAAGGACAUGGCGAACAGCUGGACCCAUUGCCUGCGCUCGAGGCAGAAUUGUCCAAAUGUAGGGUAGCACAAAUACCGGGUCAAAAAUUACCACCUUUGACAGGAGGAGCCAUCGGAUAUGUGGGUUAUGAUUGUGUUCGAUACUUCGAGCCUAAGACCGCACGACCUAUGAAAGAUGUUCUUCAAGUUCCUGAGUCACUCUUUAUGCUAUUCGAUACUGUUGUCGCAUUCGAUCGGUUUUUUGGAGUUAUAAAAGUUAUAACAUACCUUCACGUUCCGGAAGAUUUCACACAGAUUCCAGCGGAUUAUGAGAAAGCACAAGAAAUCAUUGAUGAAGUUGUUUCCGUUCUUGAAUCGCCAGAUACACCUCUACCCACUCAGCCACCUAUAAAACUGGACAAUGAAUAUACGUCAAACAUUGGGCAGGAAGGCUACGAGGGGCAUGUUAAUACUCUUAAGACUCACAUUACAUCUGGUGAUAUCAUUCAAGCAGUACCGUCACAACGUUUUGCAAGACCAACUUCUCUCCACCCCUUCAAUAUAUAUCGUCACCUCCGUACCGUCAACCCCUCGCCUUACCUUUUCUACGUCAACUGUGGUGACUUCCAAAUUGUAGGAGCUUCUCCCGAACUUCUUGUUAAAGCUGAAGAGGGUCGCGUGAUAACCCACCCCAUCGCUGGUACUGUCAAACGCAAUGCAGACCCUCAAAUCGAUGAAGCUCUUGCCGAAGAACUCCGCAGUUCUCUUAAAGACCGCGCUGAACACGUCAUGUUGGUUGAUCUUGCACGUAACGACAUUAACCGUGUAUGCGAUCCCAUAACCACUCGCGUAGAUCGAUUGAUGGUCGUUGAGAAGUUCAGUCACGUACAACAUUUGGUCUCACAAGUCUCGGGAGUGUUAAGGAAAGAUAAGACUCGAUUCGAUGCUUUCCGUUCUAUUUUCCCCGCGGGUACUGUAUCCGGUGCUCCAAAAGUCAAGGCCAUGGAAUUGAUAGCCGAAUUGGAAAAAGAGAAGAGAGGUGUAUAUGCGGGCGCAGUCGGCUAUUUCGGCUAUGGAAGUGUAGAUGCAGAAGGGAAUGAAUUUGAGGGAGAGAUGGAUACGUGUAUUGCUUUGAGGACUAUGGUGGUCAAAGAUGGAGUUGCUUAUUUGCAAGCUGGCGGUGGCAUAGUCUUCGACUCAGACCCCUACGAUGAAUGGAUGGAAACUAUGAACAAACUCGGCGCCAACAUGCAAUGUAUUUCUGGCGCCGAGAAAAUCUACUCGAAUAUUCAAUCUAAAUCCACACCUAGCCCUGUGACUAGGGACGCCUCAUUACCCGUAAAAUCCGAGGAAAAGGCUCAUAUUGAUUUCGCAGCAGAAUAGAAUUUGAUCAAUUGAACAUUGAAGUUGAGAUGGCGGUUCAAAAGAGACGAAUGAAUUUAGUGGUCUUGGUGGGGAGGUCAUGCUUGGCACUUAUCUCGACAAUAUCUGAGAACAAUUCGACUUCGGUACGGGUCUAUUCACGGUUGUAGAAGUUCACAAAAUACCUGGUUUACUUGUUAGAAAGCUAAAAAGACAAAAUCAAAGACUCAAAAUAAAUACAUUUGUAA